AUGGCUGAUAAAUCCAAAUUUAUUGAGUACAUUGAUGAAGCUUUAGAAAAAUCUAAAGAAACUGCACUUUCUCGCUUAUUUUUCACCUAUCAGGGGAUUCCUUACCCCAUCACCAUGUGCACCUCAGAAACUUUCCAAGCGCUGGACACAUUCGAAGCCAGACAUGAUGACAUCGUGCUAGCAUCUUAUCCAAAGUGCGGUUCAAACUGGAUUCUCCACAUUGUCCACGAAUUAAUAUUUGCUGUUUCUAAAAAAAAGUAUGAAUAUCCAGAAUUCCCAGUUCUUGAAUGUGGGGAUUCAGAAAAAUAUCAGAGAAUGAAAGGCUUUCCAUCACCAAGGAUUUUGGCAACUCACCUCCACUAUGACAAAUUACCUGGGUCUAUCUUCAAGAAUAAAGCCAAGAUAUUGGUGAUAUUUCGAAACCCUAAAGAUACGGCAGUAUCUUUUUUCCAUUUCCACAACGACGUCCCCGAUAUUCCAAGCUAUUGCUCUUGGGAUGAAUUCUUCAGACAGUUCAUGAAAGGACAAGUUUCUUGGGGAAGCUAUUUUGAUUUUGCAAUCAAUUGGAACAAACAUCUUGAUGGCGACAAUGUUAAGUUCAUAUUGUAUGAAGACCUGAAAGAGAAUCUGGCUGCUGGAAUAAAACAGAUUGCUGACUUCUUGGGAUUCUUUCUAACUGGGGAGCAAAUUCAAACUAUCUCAGUCCAGAGCACCUUCCAAGCAAUGCGUGCAAAGUCUCAGGACACACACGGUGCUGUCGGCCCAUUCCUUUUCCGCAAAGGUGAAGUUGGUGAUUGGAAAAACUUGUUCAGUGAAACUCAGAACCAGGAAAUGGAUGAAAAAUUCAAAGAGUGCUUAGCAGGCACCUCCCUCGGAGCAAAGUUGAAGUAUGAGUCAUAUUGCUAG